UUUAAACCGCGAGGAAUACACGGUCGUUAUAAGCAGAACACAUGGCUGAAGGCGGGCAGCAAAACCAACAGCAACAACAUAAUGUAUAUCACAUUAAUAUUGCUCUGAACGCUCAACAGAGUCAAAGGGACAUAGAACAAGCAACUGAGAAUGUCGGACAACAAGAGAAUGUCGGACAACAAAACAAUGUCGGACAACAAAACAAUGUCGGACAACAAAACAAUGUCGGACAACAACAGAAUUUCGGACAACAACAGGAUGCUCAAAAUGUCGGACAACAACAGGAUGCUCAGAAUGUCGGACAACAACAGAAUGUCGGACAACAACAGAAUGUCGGACAACAACAGGAAGCUCAAAAUGUCGGACAACAACAGGCAGCUGUCAACGUUCCACCAGAAAAUAUCGCUGAAGGUGUCGAUGGUUUGAAUUUGUCACUAAGAAAUACCGAGGCUUUUCAAACUCAGGCAAUCAAAAAGAGAAAUUUCCCAGGAGAUGCAAUAAACGAAAUGGCUCGAAAAAAACAAAGAUCGAUACCAUCUCUCAACAUCGCAAAAGGUGGAAAUAACCUUCUGAAGAUUUCAAUGCUUCGAUGCAGAGCAACAGCAUUGAUUGGACAAACUAAGUUUGAUAAAGCAGCAACUCUACUUGAGGAACUUGCUAAACUGCAGAAAUGUACGGAACUAGACACGGCACUUAUGAUGGUCGAAUGUUAUCUGCAACUUGGGAGAGAAAAGAAAGGUGAAAAAGCCAUUGAUGACGUCAGACUGGCAAUCAUGGCAUCAGUUGUCGCUGAUGACGUCAAAACCCUCGCGAUCGAUUUGAUUUCGAAUUCUGCUUACAUUCGCGCUAUAAUAUUGUUUCGAAUAGCAAGUGAUAUCUACAAGGCUCGCACAAGAUCACCCGAUGAUGUAAUAAAUGGGAUUCAACUUUGUAUCAGUAAGAUAGAUGAUGCUACAAGGCCAUUGAUAGAAGCCGAUGAUCGAUCUAAAAUUAUAGGAGUAGAUUACGGCAUAGAAUAUAUGACAGAAAUGCUGGAUGAUAUUCGCGCAAUAGAAAACGCUGAUCCAGUGAAUAAAGCAAUACGAGAGGCUGAGUGCUCGAAUUACAUUGGAUAUAACUAUUCACUGGCAGGUGAAAAUGAGAAAAGUAUAAAAAUACGGAAGAGUGGACAGGAAAUUUUGGAGAAACAGUUCGGGUCAAACACUUCAAAAUAUCAAAUCUACGGUUUAUUGCUGCAUAGUAUCGGUGCAGUGUAUUAUAAUCUGCAGAAAUAUGCAGAAGCCGAACCUUAUUAUAUCAAAGCCAUUGAUGCUCGUAAAAAGGCUUCAGAUUAUGAGAAUGAAGCUGAGAGAAAGAUAUGGAUUAAAUCGUCGAAAACUUGGCUCAAGAAAGCUCGCGCACAAUUAACCUGAUAUCCGCAUAGCAUAUUCGCGGCAAAUCGUAAUUUACUAAAAUUAUCUCAAACACUGAAUUAAAUAUUCAAUAUUUUAUUUCAUAUUUGUUAAGUAAUUUGAUACUGUAACAAAUAGCCAGUAGACCAUUUACAUCAAAAUUAUCAAAAAAAAUAAAUAUUGUUAAAAUAUUUAAAUUUCGCAUUUUUCAAUUAUGUGUAAUUUAAUACUGUUAAAAAAAAUCAGCAGUUUUACUUGAAUAGACCGGUCAUAUUCAUUCUCCAUAAUUUUCACUUUAUCAUUUCAAUCACAUGUUUUAUGAACAGCCGACCAAGCAUGUUUCAUAGAUAAAGCAAUAUUUAAAAAUAUUAUCAUCCAUGGACUAUACUUGAUCGGGAUCGAGUUCAUUUUAUUCAGGAAUUCAACACAAUUACUUUUAAAUUUUGGUUGAUUCAUUGAAUAUUUUUAACAUUGUACUCACUUUGUUGCAAUGUCACACUCACUCAUCUCUGGUCGAAGUUACAGGCCACUACUAAAGUGCCAAAAGCUACUGAAACUAGUUACAAAUAUGGUGGUGCAUUAUGCGCACUCAGUCAUUGUUAAAUAGAUUCAUUUCUAGGCAAAGUUAUGGGUGACCAUACCGAUGCCAAGAGCUACUGAAAUUCAUUUUCCAAUAAAUUGUAUCUCAUACUGUUAGCAUAUGAUAAUUGGAUUAAAUUACUUUUCUGUUUUGUAUUUAACAAGCAUGAACUGUAUAUUGAGGGUCAUAUAUAAUACGUGAUGCUUUUGUAUGGGUGUGUGUACUAUAGCAUGUCAUGAUCUAUACAUAAUGCGUGAUUUCAAAAUGCCAUUUAUAUAUGGGCAAUGCUUGUUUAAGGGUAAUUUUUCAUAAGCUGUUGGAAAUAUAGUAACAUUAUCUUGCAUUGUCGCGAGUUAUGAUCUGGAAUAACUUGUGGACUGGCAUUAACCCGAGAGUGGUGAGGCAUUGGCCAAAGUUUAUUUACGCUUAUGAAACAAUAUUUCCACGAUGUUGAGUGAACUUCAUUUUAUGAAUAUUGUGUUGUAUAAAUUUUUAAUUGAACUAAUUGGGAUUGUUUUCUUUUAUUGUAUUUUAUCUUUAUUCCAUUAUGUCAUGAUCAAUUUUCAUCCUCUGAAUUGAAGUUUAACGUACGUUUCAAUUGUUUUAACGGACCUCCUGAAGUAUGCGCACCAAGAUGGCGCACAGCCUGAAAAUAGUAUGUGUGUGUACCGGUUAGGAUUCAGAUUGUGCGACAUCUUGGUGUGCAUACUUCAGGAGCACAGUUUUAACAUUUCUUUGAUCGAAUAAAGGAGAAGAAUCACUACAUGUUUAUAUUCAAAUAUAUGCAUAACCCCAAGUCAACCCCAAGUUGGUAAAAUUCCAAAUUGAAUGAAAUUAUCAAAAAAUAUUAGAAAACUAACUUGUUUUUGUUCAUAAUUAUUAUGUUUUUUGUUGAUUCAUUCUAAAUCAAUUGCUCAUUUCAUAUUUUUGUUCUUUUUAGCAUAAUACCCAUUACCCAUUAUAUAUUGUUAUUUCAUGGAAAAGUCUUCAGAAGCUUGUAGAAUGCAGAGAAAGUAGUAAAAAGUUAUUUCAAUUCAACCGAAUGUAAAUACCAGUUAUUUUGUUGUUUUUUCCACAGUAUGAUUCAAACUAUUGAGUGAUCUGUAUAUCCAACGGUUCGCAAAUUUUAUUUAAAAAUAUUUGAAUGAAACCAGAUUUUUAUGUGGCGUUUUCAUACUUCCACUCCAAACAAACAAGCUGACACUGUUAAGUGAGGAGCUGAACUUAUUUGAAAAAAAAGGAUUUUCCCAAUUUGACAUUUCCAACCCAAUUUAUUAUUGGACUCAGUGAACGCUGAUUUCACUCAUCUGGGUUCAAUGUUCUUAUGGGAUUCUGCAAAUCAGGUGAUGUUUGCAGGAUGUUUUAUUGUUAAAUAUCAACUCUGUAUUAUGUAUAAUAUGCGUGAACAUUAUUUAGCAAAACUUAUACGAUUUUUCGUCCCGUUACUAAUGUCCCUCAGUUUGUAUGUAUUCUUACCCACAUUCAAAUACGGAAUUCUAUAUUAUCCAGGCUCAGUGAACUAACAUUCACUUAUCUGGGCUCAGUGUUCAAAUUCAUGUGAUGUUGUUGGCUGUUCAUUUUAUCGAGAAGUAUCAACUCUGAAUUAUUAAGAAUAUGGAGCGAUUAGAACGGACAUGGGCCAAAUCCGGCCCGUUGGAUAAUUCAAUAUGGCCCGCCUGAUGAUGCCACAACCAAACUCAAACCAAAUUUUGAUGUUUUAGCUAAAAUUAACUCUAGGAAUUUGUUAAGGUUGCGGUUAAAUUUAGUUUUGGCACGAGGCUUAUUGUUUCCCACUGUUGCUUUUGUAACAAUGUAAAUAUUGUUCAUAAAAUGUAAGCUUUUACGUCACAUCUACAUUGCCCGCCAGUCUAUAGGUAGGAAAAUUUUUUGGCCCCUGGUUCAAUAACCUUGCCCGCCCCUGGAUUAGAAAGGUGGUCCAAUUUAUAGUUUUGUAGCAUUACUAACGUCCUUUUUGUUUGUAUGUUAAUAUUAAGAUUCUUUGUAGCAUUUACGUAGCUUAUAUAAGCGUUUAUUGAUUGAUAUUCGAACUUAGUAGAUUUUCAGCAGAACAAUCUCACACAUUGCAAUUUUGACAACAAUUUAACGAUUAUUUAACAAGAAAAAUCGACAUUGCUACCAAAAAAGGACCCGAAAAAUAAACAAUGCUACUCAAAACUGUCUUAAUAUAUGGAAAUUGCCGAUUUAUCAAACUAUAAUUAAUUCAAGAAUUUUUUGUUAGAGAUGGCUAUAACCACUUUAUACAAGAAUUGCCGUUUGGUUAAUAGAUUUCUCAUUAGAAUUGCUAGUUUUCAAUAUUUUAGUUUUGAUUUUAGAAGUAAAUUUUCAGUUAAAACUGUUAAAUUGUUUCCCAUUAGUUUGAAUCAAAAUAAUUUAUAUAUUGAAGUAAAUUGAUUGCUCAUUCUUAGUCACAUUUACAUGUAAAUGCCAGUGAUUUGAUUGU